AUGUACUAUAUCCUCUAUUUGACCAGCCUCUGCCGUCGCCGCAACUGGCCCGAACCAAUCUACAAUGCCUCCACCAGCGGCACCGGCUACACCUGCACAGUGCGCGUCAAUAACCGCGAAUACCAAACAGACAACGUCUGCGCAAGCGAAACACUAGCCCGCGAGAGCGCGGCCAUGCGCGCGUAUCUUAUUUGUCGGAACUUCUCGGUUAAUGAUGGGAUGUAUCCCGCUGGUCAUGAUGAUGGGGGGAUUGUGCAGGGGAUGAGGGUUGCGAUUGGGAGUGGGAGGGGGAAGGGGAGCGGGAAGAAUAUGAAUGGGGAGGAGGAUGCUGUUUCUCGGUCUUCUAGAUCGGGGUCUGGGUCGGGGUCGGGGUCGGGCUCGUCGUCGACAGGGAGGUUUAGUGAGGGGAGUUGGAGCGGGGGGAGUAGUCCUGAGUGGGGGUUUGGGAAUGGAUGA